AUGCCAUCCUCAAGCGCACUCACGCCGAAAAGCUCCAGAACUUCCGGUGGUUUGAGACCUCCCUUGAAGCAUUCAAUUCAAGUUUCUUUUUCAAACUUGCCCGAUGAAGCUAUUCUUGCUAGGAACGGAUCUCGCCAAGAUAAUGGUUCUCCAGACAGUACUGAAGAAGAUCGACUUAUUCCCGCUUUCGAGGUCAACCACCUAGGCUUCAGGGUCACAACCGGUAUUGCUCCAGAAGGUGAGAGUGGCCGGAAAGGAUUGAGCCCGAUCAAAUGCAUCCAACUUUGCUGGAAAUCUUCGAGUGGGGCCUCACAAGCCGUCAAUUUUCUCUGGCCUAUUGUUCCUGUUGCCAUCGUCGUCACAUAUGCUCGGGAAGAAUGGCAUACAGUCAUAUUCAUUCUCAAUUAUCUAUCUAUGAUCCCUUCUGCAAACCUUAUUGGUUUUGCUGGUCAAGAAUUGUCUCGCAAAUUGGACAAAGUAUUUGGCAUUCUGCUCGAGACCACAUUGGGAUCUGUCGUCGAGAUUGUGAUGUUCAUGGUACUUCUUAGCAGACAUCAAUUCCAGGUCAUGCAAGCCGCAAUAAUGGGCUCCAUUUUGGCCACUCAAUUGUUGUGCUUAGGAAUGUGCUUCUUCGUAGGAGGGUUGACACAUGAUGAACAAGAGUUUGAUGAAGAAAUCAGUGAAGUCGGAAGUGAUCUACUCCUGCAGGCUGGACUCGGUCUCAUUGUACCUGCAGCGUUCAACAUGGCCGUUAAAAGCGCCCAGCCCGAGUAUGAUCCUGUCGUACUUGCAGAUUCUGUCGUCCAUAUUUCACGCAUGACCUCUAUCCUCCUUAUCAUGUCGUAUGCUCUAUAUGUCUACUUUCAAAUGCGCUCCCAUCAGUCUAUAUAUGACGCGAUCUUUGAGGCUGAUGAACGUAAACAAGAGGACUAUGAAGAGGAUCUUACAAAGGAAAAAUUGACAUUCACUGAAUGCGUGGUGGCUUUGAUAGUCGCAAUUAGCAUGGUUACCUUCACUGCCAUCAGACUUGUGGAAAGCAUUGAAUUCAUCGUUGAUGAAGAUGGCAUUUCCGAUAGCUUCGUCGGUCUAAUUUUGGUCCCACUUGUGGAGAAGUUUGCCGAGCAUUUAACCGCCAUUGAUGAAGCUCACGAUAAUUCAAUGAACCUGGCCCUUUCACAUGUCUUGGGUGCUACCAUUCAAACGGCUCUCUUCAACGCCCCUUUGGUUGUCAUUAUUGGUUGGAUCGUUGACAUCCCAAUGGAUUUGAAUUUCGACCUCUUCAUUAUCGUUAUUUUGAUUCUGUCCAUUUUGGUGGUAGGAAAUUUCUUGAAAGAUUGCAGAUCCAACUACUUAGAAGGUGCUCUUUGUGUACUCGUGUACAUCAAUGUCGCUGUGGCAGCUUUCUAUUAUCCAAACCCGCCAAAGGUUGGACCACCACAUGUAUGA